AUGUCCAGAGAGACGCACGAAAGGCCUUCACAUGUAUUCACUGAGCAGAUGGUUUCCGUGAAAAGUGGGCGAGGGUCCCCUUGCGCGGGCUGCCUGGCGAAUGUGGGUGAGGCUUCCUCCAGACGCGAGGGCCCUCUGGGGGCUGGUGCCCCUGCUCACCGGGCACCGCCGGACACUGUGCAGGAGAGGGCCCGACGCUGUGAGAUCUGCGGGAUGCCUCCACCGGCCAGAACUUGCCGAGCGGGCGGCAGGAACUGGGGUAUGUUCUCAAAGCACCCCUGCAUCUCCCCCGGCCCCUCCUCCCGCAUCACGUUCCCUAGCUGCUGCACCGCCCGCUUCCCCGGGAUCCAGCGCGAAGUUAUUUAA